AUGACGAUCGAUCGUGCGAAUAACAUCGUGCUAUCGUUAAGCGGUUCUGGAGCAGCUGCAGCAUUACUACAUCCUAAUGGAAGAAUAUAUCAGUAUGGAUCACGAGUUGAAAUCUUAGCCCACGACGCCCACGGCAAUAACAAGUAUGCAAAAAUGUGGUAUAAAGGGGUCAGCUUCACUUCAGAACAGUGCGCCCUUGUUUAUUUAGUAGAUACUGCAGGAACAAGAACGACUACAGACUCGUUUUCGGAUAUGACAUGUUUGCAAGAAGCUGCAGCGGCUUUGAAUACAGCUCAGUAUUGGUUGACUAAUGAAGGUGUAGAGAAUUGGGUUAUCAAUAACGUUAGAGUUUCACAAACACCUGAUGGUCUUGUUAGGAUCGCACGAAAUAGUAACAAGUAUCAGUUACGUACAUCGCCUAGUAAUGGAACGGCUUCGUUAACAACGCCGUUUUUACAUUGCACUGCUUCUCUGGGUCAAACAUCUCAUCUUUUUGUGCGUCGUGGUGAACGACGCAUGCAUUACGACGGGACUAGUUUUAUUGUACGAAACGCGGGUCAUAGUGCUGGAUUUGAUGACAACAAUCAACUGAAAGUUUAUUAA